CCCUGACGCCAUCUCAACAUUCCUUGCCUUACAACCACCUCUAAACGGUUUCCAUAACGGUACGUGACUUCAUCAAAAACACCAACCCGGAACUAAUUGUUAUUCAAACAAUAGUAACAUGUGAAAUCGGCAACUCACCGCUGAAAUGAGUUCCAUCGGAGUCGUAGUGUUUCGUAACUCACCGCUAGGCAAAGCGCAGGUGCUUCAAGAAUCCGUGAAUAAUACUGUGAACAUAUCAAAUAACGAUGCCAACCCGAACAUUGGUGAAAUUAUUAUCGUAAGAAAAAAACACAAGAUCACAUCUCCUAAUACGGUUUCAGUGUCGUCAAUAGUGCGUGCAACAGAUUCUGUGAAUUCCAAUCUGGCAAAGAGACCGAGAUUUCGGGAAAAUCCAAUAGAGGAUGCAUCAAAAGCCCCAACUCCACUCGCUGUGGCCCGACGAAAUGCGCGGGAAAGAAACCGAGUCCGACAAGUUAACGAUGGAUUUGCCGCCUUACGCCGACACAUACCAGAUGAAGUAGCCGCAGCCUUUGAGAAUGCUAACUCAAAUCGUGGACCAAACAAAAAACUGAGUAAAGUGGAAACAUUGCGCAUGGCCGUGGAAUAUAUACGAAACCUGGAAAGCUUACUGAACAUAGGUCAUGAUAAAGAAAAUAUGUCAAGGCCAUCAAUGGAAUCUUUUCCAUCCCCGGCUUCGUCAUCACCUCGAGAAAACAGUCAAGAAAGAAGUUAUUUCUCCUUGAAUUCGCCAGCAAUCGACGAUGACGAUAUAGACGAGGAUGAUUUAGAUGGUUCCCUCCAAUUACAUCAACAGUCUUAUAUGGAAAUGCCAUCGUCAGAACCGUUCCACCUUGUUGCCACGCCACACUUGUAUGAUGAAGAAGAAAAUGUGGGUCAACCAUUAACUCCAUCGUCAGAUCUUUUAGGACACGAAGAAGGAAAUGCGCAUAUAAUAGAUGGUCACUUUCCAUUUCCGAAUUCUGCAGAACAGUUUUCAGUUAUACCCGAACAAAACUAUUGCAGUGAAACAGAAGUGGCACUACAUGACAGAGAUUUCGAAGUAAAAUACGCACAAUCUAUACAUCAACAAAUGCAACCAGAUUACGAAAAUGAGACAGAAUUACCUCUGGAGGCCAUAAAUCCAGAUUUAAUUCUUUCUCAAAAUCAAUAUAAAUUUAAAGAAGAAGACCAUGCGUUUCUUGAAAACCAACCAUAUAAUGAAAUAGAGCUUAAGAAAGAACUUCCAGAAAUUCAAGUAACACCCGAAGAUAGGGAACAAUUUGAAGAAACAUUGAAAUGGUGGCAAGAAAAAACCAGACAAAGCCGUCCAGUAUCUAAAACUAAGAAUUAGUUUAAAUAAUAAUAUGAUAACGUAUCGUAAUUUAUUAUGUAUAGAAUAGUGUGUAAUAAAACAUAACAUACAGCUGUUCCCAAAGCAAUGUAUGGAGCGGGCGCAAGGUGUGUUGUAACGGUCACUCCGAGUAAUAAAGUCUUUGCGCUCCUGGCAUUUUGUUCUAAAUGUAUUCUAAUUGUUUAUUUUA